CAGACAGACAGACAGAUGGAGGAAAUGAAGCCUGCUGUGUUUCUCCUGCUGAGCCUCGGAGGAGUCCUAAGCCUCAAAAUAUGUUCCUUCAACAUCAGAUCCUUUGGAGAAAGCAAAAUCUCCAAAGCUGAUGUGCUGAACGUGAUACUGGAGAGUAUCAGCCGCUGUGACAUCAUGCUCGUCAUGGAAAUCAAAGAUGCUAAGGGCCAAGCGUUUCCUCAGCUGAUGAAUCAUCUCAACAGGAAGUACAGCGGACAUAAGCACGAAUACGGCUACGUCAUCAGUCAGAGGCUGGGCCGAAAAUCUUACAAGGAGCAAUAUGCCUUUGUCUACAGGAAGAAGCUAGUGUCUGUGAAGUCGGUUUAUCAGUAUCCUGACAUGCAGCCUGAAGACAUCGAUGCCUUCGCCAGAGAACCUUUUGUUGUGUGGUUCUCAUCAACAACUACAGAAGUCAAGGACUUUGUAAUCAUACCUAUUCACACACCACCAGAAGCAGCAGUUAAAGAAAUAGACGAGCUCUAUGAUGUCUACCAAAAUGUCUCUCAACACUGGCAAUCACAGAACUUCAUCAUCAUGGGUGAUUUCAACGCUGCCUGCGGCUAUGUCCCCAAGAAGGAAUGGCGAAACAUUCGCCUGCGAUCAGACAGCAGCUUCGUGUGGCUAACAGAUGACAAGCUGGACACUUCAGUGAAAGAGUCCACGAAAUGCGCUUAUGACAGGGUCGUUCUUCACGGACAGACGAUGAUCCAGGCCGUCAAACGGGAGUCAGUAGAAGUGUAUGACUUCAAACAGGCAUUUGGACUCACUGAACAAGAGGCUUUGGAUGUGAGCGACCAUUUCCCUCUGUGCUUUACUGUCAAUGCAGCUCAAAGAAAAGGUUGAUUUUUAACAAGUGAUUUCACAUUUUAUUAACAGUAAUAAAAUGUAUAAAACAAUU